AGCGUUGCGACAAUGCUGGGACACGGGUGCUAGACCGCUGUGAACAUGAAACGACUCCGCAGCGAAUGUUGAGAACAAUCCAAAAUAUUUGCCCUCUCCUAACUGAUUGUGACUCCCUGCUCCAAAGAAAUUAAGCAAUGCUGGAGACAUUAACCUGUGAAAAUUGCGGUGUGAUGGCGGGGACGGGGAGCCGUGAAGAGGCUGCCCAGGAGCAGGAUGGGGACACUGUGGCCGGAAAGCUGGAAAAUGUGUCUCGCUUUCCACGCCAUGGCUGGAUGGUGUCUCUGGAUCACACUUUUCCAGAGAAAAGGGACCAGAAAAUACGCCCCAGGAUAGGUCAGCUGCCGCAGCUCAUCCCGCUCUUCAUGAGGUAUCUGGUAUGGUACAUGUACACCAGAGCAAGAGGACGGAAGCCGUGGAUUGAUUGUAUAACCAUGAUGCACGGCAAACAGAUGUAUGGUGUGCCACUGGGUGGAAUUGGUUCUGGGACAAUAGGGCGCGGGUUUCGAGGGGAAUUUUGUCGCUAUCAAAUGGUUCCUGGAAUAUAUGAGUAUCAGACAGUGACAGCUAAUCAGUUCAUUGUCACAAUCAGAGACCCAAAGGGAAAAACUCUAUAUCAGAAGGUCUUAUCAGUACAAAGCCAACCCAAGAAAGGUUUGGAGUCAUGGGAGUGGGGCUUCAAUGCAGCUGAUGGCCUCUACUGUGGCUUGUACCCUCGCUCCUGGACAGUCUACAACAUUAAAGAACAGGGCAUUAGGCUCAUAUGCCGCCAAAUAUCACCCGUUAUACCACACAAUUAUAAGGAUUCAUGUUUGCCUGUAGGUGCAUUUAUUUGGAACAUUGAGAACUACAAUCCUGAGCCGAGAGAUGUGUCGAUUACAUUUUCUUUCAAAAAUGGAACUGGUGGGAGCGAAGACAAAGAAGGGGAAUGCUGGAGUGAGGUAUUCGAGCAGGAGGUGGAAGAGACUCAAGUGAAGGGUGUGGUCUUGCAUCAGACUUUAAGAACUCUGAACCUUCGCUAUUGCUUGGCUGUUAAAGAAAGGCCUGAGGUAUCGGUGACGAGAAGUCCUGGGUUUGAUCCGUUGGGUUCAGGGGAGUCACUAUGGAAUGACUUGAAGAUAGAUGGAGAGCUGGACACUAGUGACAUUCCAGUUACUAAAACUAGGAAGGGUGAAGAGAGAGCUGUUGCUGUAUGUGGAAAGUGUAGUAUUAGUGCCAGUAGCUCAGGAAUUAUAGAAAUGGCCUUGGUGUGGGACAUGCCUCAGAUUGUGUUCAAGAGCAAAGGAGUGACACACACCAGACGCUACACUCGCUGGUUUGGUGAGGAGCUGACAGCAGCACAAGAGAUGGCUGCCUAUGCUCUCCACCAUUACUCUCGCUGGGAAGAUGACAUAGAGGCAUGGCAGAAUCCAGUACUCCAGGAUGGAUCACUGCCAGACUGGUUCAAGAGUGCAAUCUUCAAUGAACUGUACUUCAUAGCAGAUGGAGGAUCAGUGUGGCUAGAUUUGCCAGAGGAAGUCACUUCUACACUGCCUUUGCAUGACUCAAGGUGUGAGUAUGGGCGGUUUGCAUACCUGGAGAGCCAUGAGUAUCGAAUGUACAACACAUAUGAUGUCCACUUCUAUGCUUCCUGGGCCCUGGUGAUGCUGUGGCCUGAACUCCAGAAGUCCCUGCAGUAUGAUAUGGCGCAAUGGACCACAUCGGCAGACCUCACACCCCGCACACACCUUUUCAGAGGGAAUAAAGGUGUUCGUAAGCUAGCCAAUGCUGUGCCUCAUGAUGCUGGAGAUCCUGAGGAUGAACCAUUUGUACGAGUGAAUGCAUAUCAAAUACACGACAUCAGCUUCUGGAAGGACCUCAACCUCAAGUUUGUUUUGCAGGUGUACAGAGACAACACCUUCUUCAAGGACCGCAAUUAUCUUGCCCACAUGUGGCCCGUCUGCCGUGCCGUGAUGGACCGCAGUUUCACCUACGACCGGGAUGGCGAUGGGCUGAUUGAGAAUGAAGGGCAGGCAGACCAGACCUAUGACUCCUGGAUCAUGCAUGGUCCAUCGGCUUAUUGUUCAUCCCUGUGGGUGGCAGCACUUGCCUCCAUGGUGGAGAUGGCUGUGGAACUGAAAGACACUGCUGAGGAGAAAAAAUUUUCAGAAGCUCUUACCAAAGCUAAAACAUCACUACAGGAAAAACUUUGGAAUGGUAAAUAUUACAAGUUUGAUACUUGUGGUGCACCACACAGUGACAGUAUCAUGUCAGACCAGUUAGUGGGCCACUGGUAUCUCACUCUAUCAGGCAGCAAUAGUGAGGUUUUCCAGCACAACUGUGUUCACUCCGUGUUGAAGAUGUUAUAUGAGUACAAUGUGCAGCGCUUCAACAAUGGAGAAAUGGGCGCAGUGAAUGGCAUGAACCCAAAUGGCACCAUUGAUCGCUACACCAUGCAGAGUGAAGAGAUGUGGGUGGGAGUCACAUAUGGUUUAGCUGCUACAAUGAUUAUUGAGGGGAUGGUGGAGGAGGGCUUCAAGACAGCAGAAGGAGUCUACCGAACAGUCUAUGAGAAAAUUGGGCUAGGGUUUGAGACUCCUGAGGCUCUGUACGGGCAGCACAAAUACCGGGCCAUUGGGUACAUGAGGCCACUGUCCAUCUGGUCAAUGUACUGGGCCUAUACAUUGCACCAGAGGAAAAAGAACAAUGCCUCAGUCAGUGAUGAUGCAGUGCAGAGGGACAAUCCUUUCCCAGAGGAACCUGUCAAAAGAACAAGGCCAGUUGCUGAUGAUUCUGAUUCUAGUGAUGUAUCCCAAUGACAUAUCACUGAAUAGGCAUUUAUCUUUGUUGUUUGUUGGAUUUGCUUGGCUUCCAGUGGAGGGGAUGUGUGAAAGAGGUGAUCAAGGUAGUCUCGAGUGUUUUUCUCUACCUUGAUGUAUUUUUCCUGUCUUUUAUUCAAUGCAUUUUAAUUUAUAUUGAUUGUUUUAAUGCUUUUGAUGUUAUAUUUUUACCUAUACAGUAUUUAAUUUUUUUUGUCUCUUUUCCUAUCUAUUUGAUUCCUUAGUUUAAGUCGAUGUGUGUCUUUUGAACUUCUGUGUUAUAGUGUCAUUGGGUUACUUCUUUCCACAGUAUCAAGAUAAUAAGAUAGAAUGCUUACAAAAGUAGAUUUGAGGUUCAUAAGACAUUGUAGUUUAGUUUAAUAAUGUUUUCCAGUAAAGCUGAUACAUCUGAGUAUGUUAGCAAUGAUCACUGCAAUGUUAUCCUAAAAUACAUAUAAGUUCUCUCUCUCUCUCUCUCUCUCUCUCUCUCUCUCUCUCUCUCUCUCUCUCUCUCUCUCUCUCUCUCUCUCUCUCUCUCUCUCUCUCUCUCUCUCUCUCUCUCUCUCUCUCUCUCUCUCUCUCUCUCUCUCUCUCUCUCUCUCUCUCUCUCUCUCUCUCUCUCUCAUCAGAACUGAGAGUCAUUUUGCAUCAUCUUAUUGUCUCAUCUAGUUUUCUUGAAUGCUUCCAUUUUCUGUAGAGAAUACCAUUGUCCUAUUUUGGGCCAAACAAUGCAGUGAUGAUUGCUGAAAUAAUCACUGUGCUGCUUUAACUCUGGCUGUGAAUUUUACAGCUGCCACUGAAACAAAUGUCCUACACAAAUCAUGGUGUGGGUGUGUGUGUGUGUGUGUGUGUGUGUGUGUGUGUGUGUGUGUGUGUGUGUGUGUGUGUGUGUGUGUGUGUGUGUGUGUGUGUGUGUGUGUGUGUGUGUGUGUGUGUGUGUGUGUGAGGUUGAGUGGUAUGUUAUAAUGUUUCCCAGGGUUGAUUCUCUCUCUCUCUCUCUCUCUCUCUCUCUCUCUCUCUCUCUCUCUCUCUCUCUCUCUCUCUCUCUCUCUCUCUCUCUCUCUCUCUCUCUCUCUCUCUCUCUCUCUCUCUCUCUCUCUCUCUCUCUCUCUCUCUCUCUCUCUCUCUCUCUCUCUCUCUCUCUCUCUCUCUCUCUCUCUCUCUCAUAUAUGAUGUCUGGCUAUGCACCUGAUGUUCUUGCAGCCAGAAGAGAUUUGGUUGGCAUGGCCUGUAUCACUGCCACAUUGCUGUUGCUUUAAUGGUCAAGGUAUAGAAUGUUUGUUUAGAGAUGCAGGAAUUUGGAUUUUUUAAAUUUCUUGAAUAUAAUUAAUUUCAAGCAACUGAAGGGAAUAAGCAUGAGGAGUAGAAGCCUUUUUCUGCGAUUACUCAACUCUCCCCCCCAAAAAGAAAGAAGUAGAAAUUUUUUUACACUUUCCCGUAUAUUAGUUUCUAUUUCUGGUUGUUUACAUGAAGGCCACUGUUUGUGCACAAGACAAAUAAUUUUUCUUGAAAAUUUAUUAACUAAGACUACUUUCACAUGAGCAGUUUUCACCGGCAUGGCUCAUGCUGAAUGGCAGCCAUGUGGCACCUGGAGGCUGCGUUUAUACAAACAAUUUUUGCUGGUUAAGUAGUGUUGUGUCUGCCACAGGCUGUUCCUCUCGACAUCCACUUUGGUAUCUCCUCGUUAUAUUUGUUUGCACACCAUUGUUUCUCAAUGAUGGAGGCCAUCAUAAAAUUCUUAAAUUUAAUGAGAAAACUGAAAAAGAAUUGUUUUCCUGAUUAUAUUACUAACAAAACUCUUGAAUUUAGUCAGAAAACUUCAGAUGUCUCUGUUUUCUUGCCUAUAUUGCUAAAAACAAUUAAUAAAUUUUGUGAGAAAACUGAAGAUAUGUUUUCCUCAAUAUUUUAAUAAGAAAACAAAAAAUUUUAGUGAAAAAUAUUCUCAUUGCAUGCAGGAAACACUGGAUAUGUGAAAGUACCCAUAGCAGAACAUGACCACCAAAAUCGUUGUGCAGCAUUCCUGCCGUUGUGGUGUUGCUGGCAGGGUACAGCUGCUGCAACGGCAAGACUGCCAUUCCGGCCUCAUGUGAACACAUCCAUGCAGUCAGUGUAAUGCUAAACCAUCUACGAUGAGGCACAUUGGCGAAAUCUGCUUGUGUGAAAGUGUGGUUUUCCAGAGCCACUCAGGUCUUAUUUGCCCUAUUGUUAGUGAACAUUGAAGACACGCACAACAUGUGAUAUGGUAGUGAAAUGUGGCCUUUCUAGGCUACAUAACUAUUUCAGAGACCAGAACAAAGAUGAGUGUUAAGAGUUGUAGUUGGGGAAAGUUUUCUAGCAGUGAAAGGCAUUUAUAAGUUUGGAAGUCAUGAUUUACCAGCAGUGAGAGGCUAACCCAACUGUGUUCACUGAAAAGGCAUUGUGUUUUAGUAAGUAUUGAUGUUUUGUACAGUGUACAAUGAGUAAACAGUUUUUUUUAUACACAGAAUAUGUGGCAAAUCAAAUUCAUUGAUACUUAAGGAAAUAAAAUAAUUCAAUCACUUAUUCCCUGUGAGUUGAGGUGUAUGAAACUUUCUUCCUAUACUAUGACAUGAAUUUUUUUUGCCUCCUUUGAACAAGAUAUUACAAGUUAGCAGAAUUAAAUCACUUAACUUACCAAUUCAGUUGGUGAAGAGAUGAAUUUUGAUAGCACAACUGUAGAUCUUAUUUUCUUGUCUACAAAUGUUGAUUGAUGACAAUAAUGUGAAUAUUCAGGGUAGAAAUAUGUGAGAGAAGCUGUGUAGUGAAGUUGACACUGUGUUUCAAUGUUAACUUAAAGCUGGCAGUGUGAAAUGUUACAUCAUCAUCACCAUCAUCAUUGUCAUCAUCAUAAUCAUCAUUCUAAGAGGCUGAUACCAUGCCUAAGUAGAACCUAGUGGCAGGAUGUGUCCAACAUAUUUGUCCAGUCCUGUAGGUUCUAGGUCCAUCCUUAGGAUCUUGUCUGCAGCUUAGAACAUUUCCAUAAGAAUUGAGCUUUUAGAAAUGAGGAUUAGAAUUGUGACUAUAUUUGGAAUUUAGUUUCCACUAAAUUAUGAUCCAAAAGGUUUUGUUGAAGGUGGUUUUUUUCUUUUCGGUUUCUGUCUGAGGGUUUUUAUUUUCAAUGAGAGUUUUUAUCUGCACUUGCUUCAUGCUCUGUUCCUUUUUUUUUUUUAUGCCUUUUUUUUUUUUAUCUGUAUCCUACCUAUUACAUGACUCUUCCAGUUAUCUACAUUCCUUCUUGUUUGUAGUGCCUCACCUUCUUUAAGGUAUGUAUUGACAUGCUUCAUGCACGGUGUCUGUUCUUGGGCCAUUGUUGCAUUUCUUUACUUCAUACUUAAUUAUGUUUGCGAUAUGGAUUAAUUGCUAGCACUAAAAGCUCUGUACAAAAGUCUUUACAGUCACCCACAAGCAAGUGUAAGGAAAUAAGGAGUAGAUGUUUAGCUAGUAUAAAGUUGAGAGGUGGCUGUAGGAUUAAGAGAAAACAAAAUCUGAGAGUGGCUUGUGAUCAAAGAAAGGAUCAGUUGCCAAUUUUUUUACAUAAUUAUCUUUAAUAAUGCAAGUUUCAUCAAUAAAGCUUUACACUUCUCACAGACAGUGAAUGUUUCCUAAGCUUUAAAGGAAUAAAAAGUGAAUUACAUUGUUGCUAAGGCACUUAUGAGGUUCAGUUUUAGUUAGGAGUCUAGCAACCUGCACUUCUUACUUUCACUGUGUUUUGCAUUUUAAUUCUGUAUCAAGACAUGGUAUAAUUUUAAUUUUUCAUUUAUCACUAUAGAAUUGUAUGAAGUUGAUGAUGGCUUUGUAAUGACAGGCAUUCAAAAUCAUCUCUAGUUCAGCAUCCAAUUGUAUAUCUGUUUAUUAUUUUCUACAAAUGCAGUAGUUGAUGCUUGGAUAUUAUUACUGAUGUCCUUAGAAUGUGUCAGUUAUUUGGUUUGUCAGCAAAGAGGACUAAUACCUGUGACCAUGGUGUACCUCAUCAUUGCUGCAGGUGCAUCUCAGUCCAGUCCAUGGCUGCAACAAGUAAAAUAUGAUUACUAAGCCCCAUCCACACAAUUGGGCAGUGUCCAUGGACACGAGUGAGUAGUUUGUCUGUUCAUGAGCUUAUCACUUAUGUAUGCAGGUAAACCAGGAAAGUGCUUGUGUUAGUAGUAGUGCACUUUCAUCAGACCAAGCACUAUUGCAUACUAUUACAUCACUGACAGAUAUUCAAAAUUUUCAUACAAAGUUCCAUUGUUGAUACUGUUAAUAACUCUGUCCCUCUGUUUGUAAAGCAUCAUUUAAUAUGAUUUUAUUAACAACAUCCUUGCUUGUUGCUUGUGGAAUGUUUAAAUUGACACAUGCAGAGACCACCUACUCUGGCUGCUCCUCAGUUUUAACUGACCUAAACCAUAAACUUACAUUUAGGCAACAAAUGAAGUGUGCCAGCUUGCAUAACAUUGCCCAUUGGUUUGUGCUCAGUCAUGUGGAUGGGGCUUUAGGGCACUGGUUCUAUAGAUCUGUUAUUAGUAAAAUGAUAAUUAAUUAGUUCUCUCUUUCCUUUGUUAUGUGUGUGUGUGUGUGUGUGUCUGUCUGUGUGUGUAUUUGUGUGUACUGGAAUGUUUUCUUCUGCAAUGAGUAAUGCUUAGUUGUCUUUAAAGUUAAGUUGAGGAAAGAGGAUUGUUAAUCAUGCAAGUAGUAAUUUUUAGUACUUAGUUAAGGAACAGUAAUUUGUUUGUCCAUUUCAUACUGCAGAAUGAUGGUGCAAUUAUGCAUUACAAUCAUUUUCUCUCAGAAUAAUCUGAUACAUAUUUGUUUAUAUUUUCAUUAUGUUCUAGAUUGUCACAUUGUACUAUUUAUUUGAACAAUGUAUUUAUUAUAUUGAUGUAUUGAUUCUCAUGUCAAUAAUCUUUUUACUGUCCCCCCAAAAACUAUACAGAUUUUGUUUCCAUAAUUGUUCAGUUUAGUUCCAUUCAAUAAUAAUCACAGUACUUACCUAGUUUCAUGGGUUUUUGGAAAGUUUAUCUCCAAAGUCACACACAUCCUAGAAUGCAUUGUCUUCCUGUCAGGUUUGUCUUCCUUUCAGAGAUGGGGUUUUUAUUUUCUCAAUGUUGUAUUGUAUUCAGACUCAGUAUGUCAAUCAAAAUGGGAUUUUGCAAUUAAAUGGAAAAAAAGAAA